AUGCCGCAACGUAUGAGAGGAAGAGGAAGUGGACAAGGAGCAUAUGUAGCCCCAAACGACCAUGAAGCCGGACCUUCGCACAGGCGAACACCUUCAGGCUCCCAUAACACAGAUGCUCAAAAUCUGUGGAGGUCUUUUACUGAACCCGCAAGGCACUCGGUUUCACUGAGUACCUCACCUUCUAUCCCACAUUCCUUUGGGCCUCAAUCAGAAAAUGAGCCCCACAACUCUCACCAGUCCUAUAUUCCUCUCCAAGGACACCAAUCACCCUUUGACCAACCAUCACCUGUUUUCCAAGGCCUGUACAACCCUGCUGACUACCUUGAUGUGCCUAUGGGUUUUAACCCACUCGGACCAGAAGACCAUUUUCCCGGUGACAAUGCGAUGGAUGUCGAUGAAGAUACCGAUCCCUCAAUGCCACCAUCUGGAACUCCGAACCACCCUAUCGAGAUUUCUGAUGGGUCACCUUUUGUGGGAUCACCAUACAAUGGUCCCGACAGCUUUGAGGAGAGAUUCAGGCAGCAUGACUGGGUAUUUACCCCUAGUUACCAUAACUCUCCCCUGCACCAGCCGCAGCACAGCUCUCCCUUGCACCUCCAGCAACAGCAACAGCAGCCACAGCAGCAGCAGAAUCCUUAUGGGGAUUCCCGACUUGUCGCGGUCACUCCACCGCCGCCACCAGCUCCGGUUUUGCCUCCCCCGCCUCCGAGGCGGAGACGAACGAACGCACGGAUUUCCACACGAGGGGGAAUACGCAUCGGCACCCCUCCACAUUCAGGUAGCAGCCGAUACUCGCCACUUCACGAAGAACCAGAGAUGGGAGAAUCUUCACACCCCGUCUCAGAAGUAACAUCUGCGCCAAUCGCGCCACCACCACCACAGGAUUUCGGAAACCCAAUCCCUGCUUAUACUAGCGCGGCAGCGUACAAUCCCUUCGAGCAGACGUUUCCCCUAGGUUAUAACUUUACAGAGGAUCCCUACUGGGUAGCUGCGAACUACAACUCUCUCAAUCCGGAAGGUACUUUUGGAGGUCCCUGGACUACGGGACAACCGACCUAUGGAUACCCAUCAUAUGGAUAUCAGCAGCCGCAGCCUCCUCAGCCACCGCAUUAUCCGCUACUACCGCCGGCACCGAUGAUGUCGCCGCCACAAGUUCAAGAAAUCCUUCAAGGAAUAAAUGAUGUUCGACGAGAGAUGUGGCAUGAGUUACGAGAAGACCGUCGGCAUAAUCGUGGGAUGUUUAAGAAGAUGAGUACUCUUUGUUGCAAGAAAUCCACAAAUUCUUUUAUCAACUUCAAUAAGUACAUCCAACUCCAAUUUAUUUAA